CCGCGGCGUCCCGCGGCCGAGGCGGAGCAGCUCGCUGCUGGGCCGCGGGCGUGACGCAGCGAGGGGCGGUGGCGGAGCGAGCGCCGCUUCCCGUCGCUUUGAACCUCUGAGAGCCAAACCGCGGCUUCAGCCGUUCCGCCAAGAUGUGUCGGACGGCGAUGCCUGUUGGCUCAGCUUGGCUCUGGCUUUUCAGCACGACAUGUCGUCCCCAUGGGAACGACAGCGAAGGAGGAGAUGGCCCGCUUUUGGGAUAAGAACACCAAGUCCAGUCGCCCCUUGUCCCCUCACAUCACGAUUUACAAGUGGUCUCUGCCCAUGGCGAUGUCCAUCACGCAUCGGGGCACCGGCGUUGCGCUGAGCGUAGGAGUCUCCCUCUUCGGUCUGGCUGCCCUUGUGCUCCCUGAGCAGUUUCCCCACUACCUGGCAAUGGUGAAGUCGCUCAGCCUGGGGCCUGCUCUUAUCUACUCUGCUAAGUUUGCUCUGGCUUUCCCCCUCUCCUACCACACCUGGAAUGGAAUCCGACACCUUGCAUGGGACAUGGGGAAGGGGUUGAAGAUCACCCAAGUCAACCAGUCUGGCCUGUUGGUCCUUGUCCUGACCCUGCUCUCCUCUGCUGGCCUCGCAGCAAUGUGAAGGCAUCUCCUGGUUGAUGGCCUCCCUUUUCUAGAAGAUCUGGUCUGUCUGUCCUGACCCACCUCGGGAGGUGGGAGGACAGACUCCUGAGUAACUAUAAAUCUUUGGGGAAGGUGGCACUUCCCCUCGCAAAUUUUGUGGAUGAUCAGAGUUGCUUAUCAUUAGCCUGGAUGACGUGCUCUGCUCAGCUAGCUCGGGACUGCCUUUUCGAUGGUGGGGGGCCGGGCUAGGGUGUCUCAAGUACCAGAUAACCUGAAUAGCCACAAAAAGUUGGGCACAAGUUAACAGCUGAUUCCAGAGUUCUGCCCUAACUCUGUACUGUUCUUUCAGAGAAACUCCGGUGCAUUUUUUUUCUCUGUGCUCCGUCCCAGAGCUUGAGACAAUGCUGAUUCUGUGUCCCCUCAGGUCCGAGUGGGCUCAGCGAAGGAGAUGCCAGCGCUGCUGGUAGUGCGUGUGUAGGCCUGGUGCAGGACAACCAUCUGCAUUGAGGCACCUCAUCCUAGGGGAGGGAGGGCAGAUGGAGCUGCCAACGCCAGCGCCCGUGAGGCGAAUGGAUAAUUGGUGUCAUCCGGGAUGUAACAUCAGCCGCGCAACCCUGGUGUUUCCAAGGCUGGCAGCGAUGAACGGGUUGGGUGGCCACACUCAGACCUGCAGAUGUUCAGUCCUGACUCCUUAUCACUGGAAAGGUGGUGAUUCAGCAGACUUGGGGGCUCUAGAGCUGUUGCCAAAGAAAACAUCUUGUUUCCCCUGUAUUUUCUUUUCUCUAAAGUGAGUGGGAGCGAUGUGGUUUUCCCGUUGUGCAUUGUCACCAGCCCUUGUGUCAGUGCUUGUUUGUAAGUCAUCCACCAUUGCAAUAAAGCAGCCUUGAUCUUUCGCACUUGAGAA